AUGGAUGCUUCUGGUGUAAUUGAUGAAUUGAAACACCGGAAGGAAGCUUUCGUUACCGGACACUCCGGAAGUUCAAUUGCAGAUUUACGAGAUGUCACAUUAGCCGGUAUUUUUUCUAACGCCGCUUGGAUCUACGUCGUUUCGAACAAUCCCAGCUACCGGGACUCCUUCUGGUUAGAUUUCUUAUUGAAUUGGAUGGGUCUCCUCUGUAGUGUUACUGUAUUUGGGGAAAACCCAUUUCUUACAGGUAUAUUAGGUUUAAGUGCGGUGCUAUUAUUUGGAUGUAUAUCUAAGGGAAGUAAACGCGAAACGAUUAAAGAAACUGUAAUGGACAAUGGCAACCAGUCAGCAACCCUCACAGUGUAUAGGAGUACAAUGCUGAUCUUAACUUCCAUUGCCAUAUUGGCUGUAGAUUUCCCUAUCUUUCCUAGGAAAUAUGCCAAGGUAGAAACCUGGGGCAUUUCAUUGAUGGAUCUAGGUGUUGGAUCGUUUGUAUUCAGCAAUGGUAUUAUAAGUUACAAAAGAUUAAAAUCUGGAACUGAAUUAUCCAAAUGGGCUAAAAUUAAACAAUCAUUAAGGUCGACGGUGGUACUAGUGGUAUUGGGUUUCAUUCGUUUGUUUUCCGUUAAGGCUGUAAACUAUCAAGAACAUGCAACCGAAUAUGGUAUCCAUUGGAACUUCUUCUUUACCCUUUCAUUACUACCCCUUGCAAUGAUUAUUUUCGAUUUCUACAACAUGAGAUUGAGAUUUGUUAUAGGUUUGAUUGCAGCCAUUAUCUACGAGCUUUGCCUGAUAUACCAUCCAACCUUUCUGGACUAUUUGUUAAAUGCAGAACGAAUAGAUUUUAUUUCUGCGAAUAGAGAAGGAAUCUUUUCGUUUGUUGGUUAUUGUAUCAUCUACCUAGCUGGCCAGCAAGUUGGUAGUAUGUUCUUCCCAAUCUCCAGAAAUCCAAUGCAACUGCUGUGGAAAUUGGUAGCUCUAAGCAUCUUCAGUUCUGCCAUAUCGUAUGUUCUUCUACACUAUCAUCCAUUACAGGUAUCUCGGAGAUUUGCCUCAAUUGGGUACUCCUCUAUGGUUAUUUCAUUCAAUCUGUUAAUCUUAACCUUCGAUCAACUGAUAGUCGAAUGCUUAACGAGCAAACCUAGAGUGCCUAAGACGUAUCGAGCUGUAAACGGUAACGGCAUGCUGGUAUUUCUUAUAUCAAAUGUCACAACAGGGAUGGUUAACUUCACUUUCAACACAUUGGAUUCACCACCUUAUAAGGCGAUGGCGAUACUGACAGUGUAUGCUUUGUUCCUCGCCGUAUUCGCUCUAAAAGUUCCGUUUAAGCUUAAAUUUUAA